AUGAAUCAUUAUACUACGUUACCUACUAGUGAGCCACCAACUUAUGAACAGGAGCAAAGCCCAAGGGUCGAGGGUGAUAACAUUCCCGAUGAUUUCAAGUACUCCGUAGAUGUUGCAUCCUGUGAAUUGCCAAUCCGUCAAUUAUUUAUUAGAAAGGUCUAUACAUUGUUAUCAAUUCAAAUAUUUGGUACCGUAUUGGUCGGACUUAUCAUUCGCUCAAACAGCUCUAUUCAAGCAUGGUGCUUUAACAAUAUGUGGCUUUUCUUUGUGUCGCUUAUUGGUUCAAUUGGGUUCAUGAUUGCCACUCACAUUAAAGCUAGAUCUUAUCCAAGUAAUUUAUUAUUAUUGGGUGGAUUCACAUUGUGUGAAGCCUAUGGGGUCGGUGUUGCUUGUUCAGCAAUUGAAUCUGAGGUAGUCGUACAGGCUUUGUUGAUAACAUUUGUUAUAUUCAUCGGAUUAACAUUAUUUGCUUUCCAGACUAAGUAUGACUUUAUUAGUUGGCAGGGAACUGUUAUGAUGGCAACAUGGGUUUUAAUUGGUUGGGGCUUUAUAUUUAUGGUUUUCCCAAACCACUCAUCUGGCAUGGAAAUGUUAUAUUCGGGAUUGGGGGCUAUAAUAUUCAGUAUCUAUAUCAUUAUAGACACCCAAAGGAUAAUGAAGACUGUUCACUUGGAUGAUGAAGUUCCGGCAACACUUUCCUUAUACUUGGACAUCUUGAAUUUAUUCUUAUUCGUUUUACGUAUAUUGAAUAACAGAAAUGAUUAA